AUGACGUCGCCGUCACACCCAUUUAUCGAGAUCUCUACCACCGCUGCAGUUGGGCGCCCGGAGAACGAAAUAGAUGCAGCAGCUGGGCGCCAGGAGAGCAUCCCCAACGGCCCAUCUCCCGAUCACCACCGCAGCGGCGACGUUUCUCCUCCGCCAUGCUUCUUCCUCCACCGCCCUUGCUUAUUCCCCGCCAUUAUCCAAUCGACGAGUAACUCUCGCAGCCUUCCCGUCCCCUAG